AUGUGUCUCACCUCUCCUUGGCCAGCACAGACAGCCAGCACAGACAGACACCAGCACAGGUACCAUGUGUCUCACCUCUCCUUGGCCAGCACAGACAGAUACCAUGUGUCUCACCUCUCCUUGGCCAGCACAGACAGAUACCAUGUGUCUCACCUCUCCUUGGCCAGCACAGACAGGUACCAUGUGUCUCACCUCUCCUUGGCCAGCACAGACAGAUACCAUGUGUCUCACCUCUCCUUAGCCAGCACAGACAAGACACCAGCACAGGUACCAUGUGUCUCACCUCUCCUUGGCCAGCACAGACAGACACCAGCACAGGUACCAUGUGUCUCACCUCUCCUUGGCCAGCACAGACAGACACCAGCACAGCCAGCACAGACAAGACACCAGCACAGGUACCAUGUGUCUCACCUCUCCUUGGCCAGCACAGACAGACACCAGCACAGGUACCAUGUGUCUCACCUCUCCUUAGCCAGCACAGACAGACACCAGCACAGGUACCAUGUGUCUCACCUCUCCUUGGCCAGCACAGACAGAUACCAUGUGUCUCACCUCUCCUUGGCCAGCACAGACAGAUACCAUGUGUCUCACCUCUCCUUGGCCAGCACAGACAGCACAGACAGACACCAGCACAGGUACCAUGUGUCUCACCUCUCCUUGGCCAGCACAGACAGACACCAGCACAGGUACCAUGUGUCUCACCUCUCCUUGGCCAGCACAGACAGACACCAGCACAGAUACCAUGUGUCUCACCUCUCCUUAGCCAGCACAGACAAGACACCAGCACAGGUACCAUGUGUCUCACCUCUCCUUGGCCAGCACAGACAGACACCAGCACAGGUACCAUGUGUCUCACCUCUCCUUAGCCAGCACAGACAAGACACCAGCACAGGUACCAUGUGUCUCACCUCUCCUUGGCCAGCACAGACAGACACCAGCACAGGUACCAUGUGUCUCACCUCUCCUUGGCCAGCACAGACAGACACCAGCACAGGUACCAUGUGUCUCACCUCUCCUUAG